AUGGAGGUAUUUCUCUCUAACGUCCCUCCACACCUAACGGACCGCACUCUGGAAAAGGAGCUGAGACCGUACAUGAAUGCUUUGGAUAUUACCGAAUGGUCCUGCUCAUCCAAGAAAGACAAUAAGCUCGGAUGGGUCAUCUUUCUGUACCAGGAGGAUGCCAACAAGUUCUUGAGGCGACAUGGGAAGCAGUCCAUGGCCGGGCCCAAAGCCACACGCAUCUUCAGCUCCAGGGACAGCACCGCACCGGACCCCUUCGCCCUCAAAAGCCUGACCCAUCGUUUGCAGGACAAGUCUAACCCCGAUGACAACGACUCCAUCAAGUUUGCCUUCACCCACUUGGCCUGCGGACACAACUCAUUCGGUGGUGACCAGAAGGCCCUCGUCUUCCACCAGCAGUACCGCUUCAACCAACGUGGCUUGUCCAAGUUCUGCAAAAGGAUGCUGGUCCUCAAGUUCGACAACGGUAGCAAAGUCGAGAUCCCCUACUCAUCCGUUUUCGAGAUGAUCCACAGCUCACAACCUACCACUUUCACUCUCAUCUUGAGCGAACCCCCGCGCUUCUACAGCUCCAAGAUCGAUCUACAAGAGACCAUGACUCGCUUGAGCCUGGGCCCUCGCAAGCCGCAGCAAAAGUCGCUCGUUCGCUGCCUUGGCAUCCCCAAUUCCAGAGAGCAUGUGAAGUAUGCUAGCGCUUGUCUUGUCUACCAGCUCGCUGUCUUUGACCCCGACUUCGACCUCAAGAUGAUCACUCUUGAGAAGAAGGGAUUGCUGGGCAUUACCCACUCUUAUGUCCAACUCAAUCAGACGCCCGCCCACGGCAUGGAAGAUUACCAUAGUUCAUGGGCUCGUUUUUAUGACCUUUUGGUUGCUGCAGGUCAGCGCAACACCAUGCCCUUUGGCAUCCUUGUCCAGCUGCAGUCUCUGGUGUGGAACAACUUUCUUCAUCCACGCAGUGCACAUGUCAUAGCCGUCUCGUUGCAGGCCAUGUUUGCCAACGCAAAAGCUACCAACAAGCCCGAGCCAAUCUCGGAGCAGGCUUUCAAGAGCCUACGCGAGAACACACACAAUGGCAUUCCAUUUCCAUGCCACAACACGGACCCGAAGUUGCUGGAUCCUACCGAGAUCCUGGACCAUCUCUUCGUCAUUGAAAAGCGACUCCGCUCCGAAAAGGACUACAGGAGCGCCUUGCUCGAACCAGACAUGGGCAACCACCACGCGUUGGUUUUCAAGGCCAUGGUGACGCCGACAAGGAUCACGCUCCACGGACCUGAGCCAGAACCCAUGAACAGGAUCCUUCGCAGGUUUCUCAAUCAGACAAACUAUUUCAUGCGCGUUACGUUUUGUGACGAAGACGGCGGCGACUUGUUCUUUAACCCCAGGGUAUCAUACGACCAGAUAUUCAAUCGCUACAGGGAGGUUCUCAACGGGGGUAUACCCAUUGCUGGUCGAAUCUACCAGUUCCUCGGCUUCUCUCACUCCUCUCUUCGAUCCCACUCGGCCUGGUUCUCUGCCCCAUUCGUGGAUGAUGACGGACAGCUGCAACUGUACGGCAACAUCAUCAAGGCCCUAGGCGAUUUUGAGCACAUCGAAAUACCGGCAAAAUGCGCGGCGCGCAUCGGGCAGGCCUUUUCCGAGACCCCGACCUUCAUAAAUCUCACAGAAGAUCAUAUCAGGCACUCCAACAUACCGGAUGUCAAGUCGCAAGACGGGGACAUUGAAAGGGUGUUCAGCGACGUUGUCGGAACAAUCUCCCAAGAGGUCCUCGAGCUGGUCUGGCCGCGUCUCCCCCGCGGCUCACUCAUUCCCACAUGUCUCCAGAUCCGCUGGGGCGGCGUCAAGGGCAUGUUGUCCCUGGACUCGAGGCUGCCGGGCCAAACUAUCUGCGUCCGGAGAGAAUCCAUGGAGAAGUUCCCGAGCAACGACGUGGAGAAUCUCGAGAUCUGCGAUGCGGCUUCGAGGCCACUCAAGCUGGUUCUCAACCGGCAAAUGAUCAAGAUCAUGGAAGAUUUGGGCGUUGACAACAACUUCUUUCUUCAAUUGCAGAAGAGAGAGGUCGAUCGUCUGCGCGCCGUCACCGCGGACGCCUACAAUACCGGGACGUUUCUGCAUCUGCAGGGCGUGGGCUCGACUUUCUUUCUUCCGAGCUCCAUCAAGAGCCUCGAGAACUACGGCAUCGACCUGACUUCUCAGCUUUAUGAUCGGACGCAGAUCAACUUCCUCGGUCGAGACGAGGGGGUUGAUGAUGAUGAUGAAGAUGCGGUAGGGCCCAACCACAAGUACUAUAGGUCGGAAAAGAUCCUUGGCGUGCUUUAUCGAAACGUCGACGAGAAGCAGAUUUGGGAUGAAGACAUUAGCCGGGUUGUGUCCAAAGCCGGCCCGUCUGUCUGGGCCCAGUUCGUCGGGCUCAUGCAGCGCAAGAUCAAAGAAUAUAGCGCUGGACUCAUCAGAUGGGAGACGAGACUGGAGGAAGCCAAAAGUCUGCGCAAUGUCUACGAGGACACUGUCGGUGGCUUCAUGACACAGUACUCGGACAGCCACAUGAAGCAGCUCACCGAAGUCGAGGUGUUUUGCGGCUCCAUCUCCAACAAGUUGGGCUCGCAGACUCGACGGCAGAAGGACAACUCCAAGAAGCUCAAGCAGGAAUUCGAUCGGCUCGCCGAGCACAUGACGCAGCACAUGAGACGAAAGGCCCGGAACACCGAGGUUCAGGGCGCAGAAGCGUACAACUACGUACAAAAUACCUUUUUUGCCAGCCAGGACGAUUACUAUGAGCGACUUCUCGAGCCCAACAGGGAGGCAUUGGAGGUGUCGUAUGCGUGUCUGAUGGUAGGUAUGCAGACGGAGAACGAGAGCGAGUACGAGUCCUGGGGGUAUCUAGAGAGAUUCAAGGUGAUUGCGGCCAGCGUCGUGCUCAAAGAGCUCACGGAGCUGGUCAACCGCAUCACGGGCGGUCGGUUGGUCGAUGGUGCUGAGGGUGGAGGCGGGGGCUUUGUCGGCGUGAGUUCGGGGUCGUCGUUUUCGUAUGCGUACAGCGGCUACGACGUCGAUGUCGGACAGUAUCCGAACUACGGGUACAGUCAGUAUUUGUGA